AUGCUGGAAUAUUUUUAUAGUGGAGAAAUUGAUAAAAAAACAAUUGAAAAAUAUUCGGAAGAUUUAUUUUCUAUUGCACAUAAAUACGAAGUAAAAAAAUUAAUGGAAAUUUGUGAAAAUUAUAUGGCUGCAAAUAUUGAUGCUGAGAACUUUAAUGAGCGAUGCAAUUAUUCUGAAAUUUAUUGUCUUCCAAAGCUUGAAAAGGUUAAACCUUUAUUUCCUCCAAAAUUCCUCCUACAGUACAAACUUAAACAAAGCAAUAAUCUCGAUAAUGAUAUAUUAUGUGCGGACAUAAUUAGUGGCCGUUUUAUUAGAUUAAAUUUUUAA